CCUGGAAUGAAGAGUUCGGGAAAACCGAUUAUUUUUGCUCCCUCUGAUGAGGCCUCACGGAUGAUACGUAGUUUUGUCGACGCCACCCUGGAGGUCGCACCAAGCGCUGUGUUACAAAUUCCACGUCAGACUCUGGCGCUACCGUGGCAAAACAUCGUACGGCUCAGCCUGGACCGCGGCGACCUUAAAUUUGGUUGUAUCGGUGUUUGAGGGGACAAGCGAGAGAGUGUUCAUGCCGUG